AUGGAGCUGAGCUGCGCUUCAGCAGCUCGUAGCCUCUCCCUCGUUCCUCUCUGCUCUUCGUCCCCCUCCACGUCCUGUUCCUCGUCCUGCUCGACGGGCGCUGGAUUCAGCUUAAGAUCGACCUCGGGGCGCUGCUUCGAUAGGAACAGGAGGGGGAAGAGGUGUCCGGAUGGAGGAUUGGCCCUCUGCGGCAGCCGCGGCGUGUGGAACGUCGUGAGGGCGAUGGCGGAGGGAAGCGGGGAGAGGAUCGAGGGGAUCUCCCAUGCAGAGCCGCGGAGCGGGAGGUUCGUGAGCCCCGCAAUGGAGAUCUCGACCUCACCGGCCACGGCCGCCACCGGCUCCUCUGCGUCCACGACCACGGCCAUAGAUCGGAGCUUCACCAGCGGCGACGCGGAUAAUCCCGUUUGGGAGAAACUCGAAGCCAUCGUCAGACUCAGCUACGGAAUUGGUGAGCGUCGCCGUUGCUCCUGCCGAUCCGUUCCUCUUUCAUCUCUCGCAGAAAUUAAGGGUUUACUGUUUGUUCGCUAUGCUCGUCGAGAAAUUUAGGGUUCAUCUCGCUCUUCUCUGUGUUUAAUCUCUGGAAAUGCCGACAGGCGUGUAUGGAGCGAUGGCCAUGGCGGGGAACUUCAUAUGCUCAAUAACCGGCGUCGACCCCAUGGGAGGAUUCCACAUGUCUCUGAAGGCCAUUGUUGAGGGCCUCGGCUAUGCCUCGCCUCCGAUCAUGGCCCUACUGUUCAUCCUGGACGUAUGCAUCAGACAUUUUAUUUUCUUCGUGUUCUGCAAAUCUUUCUUUCCUUCAUUCCUCCGCAGUUGACAAGAACUGGCAUGGCUUCUCAGGACGAAGUGGUGAAGUACUCCCCCCAUGCUCGGGCGAUCAGGGACGUGGAGGAUGAGGAGCUCCGGAGCUUCUUCUACGGGAUGUCUCCCUGGCAGGUACGUCCAUGGCCCUCGCCUCCUCCUCUCCUGGUUCAAGACGCUGCUGGCUCCAGCAAAGCUUGAUCGAUGUCGCCCUAAUUCCCUCUCCAGUUUAUGCUCGUAAUCACCGCAAGCUCUGUCGGCGAGGGCCUGUUCUAUCGCGCUGCUGUGCAGGUGAGGACUCUGGGAAUCACUCUAGAGCAAGCUUUUCAUCAGAAACCUCGAUUCAGUCAUCCAUGGAGGACAUAGAACCAGUCCUGCUAAAACACAGAGCACGGCCGGAUUAAGCCCACCUUCGAUCAUGCAUUGCUCUUCCUUCAUGCUCAUCUGGGUAUCCGAAUUAUUCACCAAGAUUCGAUAUUCUUCGAGGAUUGCAGGGCUCAUUGGCCGACAUGUUCUUGAGGAGCACCGACGUGUUGAAGGAUGCUCAUGGAAUCGCCUCUCUGGUAUGCACAAAUCCUCCUGGUGCAUGUUUGAUUUAUUUAUUUCAUCUGAAAUGUAUUUCUUCAUGGCGCAGACCGGCAUGCUGCCUGUGUUCGUUCCAUUCGCCCAAGCAUUUGCUGCCGCCAUUACUGCAGCUCUCACUGGAUCUCUCUACUACGUCGCGACUGCUCCAAAAGGUACUCAUUGACCGACAUGUUCUUGGUUGUCAUCUGCCCAAUGUUCUUGGCCACUAGUCCACUGCGGAGUUCUAAAGGUCAGAUUUUUAUGCAGAUCCGACCUAUGUAGUUGCUCCGGUCUUGAGGUCUCAAACUGGUCGUGAAGAUCUCAAGAAGCUCUUUGCAGGUCUCUCUCUCUCUCUCUCUCUCUUCCUGUCAUAUAAUUUGGAGAAGACAAAGAUCAAACUGAGAUGAUUGAUCCUCCUGUGCAGCAUGGUACGAGAGGCGGCAGCUGAAGAAGAUCUACUCCCCCCUCUUGGAAGGACUUCUGGCCCUCUACCUCGGCUUCGAGUGGAUUCAGGUUCCUCUCUCUCUCUCUCUCUCUUCUCUGUGUGUGUGGUGCGGUUCUCAUGGCUGGCUGUCUGCAGACGGAUAACAUCCUCGCCCCGAUGAUCACCCACGGCAUAUACUCCGCCGUCGUGCUGGGCCACGGGCUGUGGAAGAUCUACGACCACCGGCGGCGGCUACGCCACCGAACGGCGCUGGUGCGGACCGAUUCGAGGGCGUCCCGCAAUUGA